UAUAGCAGCACACCAUGAGCAGGCUCAAGACCGCCUCUAGUGCUUGCCUAGCUUCAGCAAGGACGGUACCGUCUUUGAAUAGUCACGUGAGAGCUCAUCGCGAUCACCGUCAUGCCAGCAGCUCUGCAGGACCUUCCAAAGGCCCAAAAUUCGACGAGGUCGUCUUUUCAGGCAUUCAACCAUCAGGCAUACCUCAUAUUGGCAAUUACCUAGGACUGUUCCUCCCUUUCCUAGAACUUCAAAGCUCUUUACCGCGCUCGACACCCUUGUACCUCUCAAUCGUCGGGUUACACGCCAUAACGUUGCCGAGAGAUCCCAAUAUUUUGAGACAGGAGCGAAUGGAUAUGUUGGCUGCUUUGUUAGCUUGCGGAGUCGAUCCAGAGAGGACAUGCUUGUUCUACCAGGAAGAUAUACCUGAGCACGCUGAGCUGGCUUGGAUAUUGAAUACUUUGACGCCGGUCGGUAGAUUGCAGAGAAUGACGACUUGGAAGUCCCAAAUCGCCACGAGAACAUCAUCAUCUCCAGAUCAAAUUACAGACUUGGAUCUGAAGCUCGGAUUAUUGGCCUAUCCAACCCUUCAAUCAGCCGAUAUAAUGCUCUACAAAUCCACGAUUGUCCCCGUUGGCGAAGAUCAAACUCAACACCUGGAACUAGCACGAGAUACAGCAGAAGCAUUUAACAGAGCUUAUGGUGACAUUUUCCCUCUACCACAGACCAGGAUCGUACCUUCCAAACGUAUUCUAUCGCUUCGAGACCCCAGUGCGAAAAUGUCCAAAUCUGCCCCCUUAGCAGCGUCCCGAAUCGUCUUAACGGAUCCACCGGAAGCUAUCCGCAAGGCUGUCAAAACGGCCGUGACGGAUUCCGAACCGUCCAUAAAAUUCGAUCCUGAGGGGCGACCAGGAGUUUCGAACCUCCUUCUCAUCUGGUCUUCGCUGGACCCCUCUGGCCAGACACCUGAGCAGCUUGCGGAACAGGCGCAGAAAGACGGAUGGGGAAUGGCGAAGCUCAAGGAUGCAGUCACCGACGUUGUGGUGGAGCGAUUCGGCAAUAUACGAGCAGAGUACGAGAGAAUAAGACAGGAGAAGGGUUGGCUGAGUCAGAUUGCAGGGCAAGGUAGAGCAAAGGCUGGGGAGGUAGCAAAGAAGACUAUGGAGGAAGUGAGGAGAGCUGUCGGUAUUGAUAAAUUAUAGCGCGAAAUCUCAUCUCACUGACAGAUCAAGUGUCAACAUGCACUAUCAUGCGGACAU